AUUUUUAUCCCAGACCCUCAUGUCUGGAUGACAGCCCUCAGUUGCCGGGAUACAACUGAUAAAAUUAUUAACAUUUUUGUUUUGUUAAUUUUAGAGUUUUAGUGUCAUUAAAAAAUAAGUUAAAAAUGUAUGAAACAACAGUUAAAAAAAGUGAUGUCGAAUCUCAACAUUCAAUGUUUCAUACAUUUUGUGAUUGUCAUUCGGACGAAUUAUCAACAUUACAAGAAAGAGCUGAAACAAUGUACUGUUGUUUAAUAAUAAUAAUGGGCUUCAUUUUUUUCGGAGCGUUGCCAUUAAUUUUAAAAAAUGAUACAAAUAUAAAGUAUGAUAAUAUUGAUACUACAAUAAUAACAACAACAACAACAACACCACCACCACUUGUAAAAAGUUCAACAAGUACAUUUAAAAGAGCUAAAAUGCCUAGAGUUACACUCAAACUUCGUGAAAAUGAAACUAUACCAAAAAUGUAUAUGGAAGUUGGUAUAACAUCAUAUAAAAAAGGUAAUAUUACAACAAGUGUAUUGGCAAAUGAUUUAAGCCUUGAGGGUUUAAUAUUCAAAACACCUGAAGGUACAAUAAUACCUUGGAAUGAAAAAUGGCCAUUUUCGAAAUCAUCAUCAUCUUAUGGAAAUUUUAAGACAAGCUAUGAAAUGACAGAACAAUUAUUAGCUAUAUUGGUGACUUUGAUGGCUGUAAUGUUUUUGAUUGUUUGUGUAUUGAUUCUGACAGAAACUAAAAUGAAAAAAUGUAAAUUUAAUAAUAUAGAGGAAGCACUGAUACCUGAAAGAAUUGUUUCUUAUCGUAGAAUAAUUAUUAUAAAUGUUAAUGGAGUUGAAACAGAGUUGAUGGAUUAAAUUUUGCUAAAAUCAAUUUGCAAAAAAUUUAUCAAUGGCUCUAUGGUUUUACCAUCACAAAAAAAAAAAUAAAUAUAUAUAAAAAAAUGAAGCUGUGUUAAAAUAUAUAUAUAUAUAUGUUUAAUGUAAAUUUCGAAAAAUCAAUUAAAAAAACGAGUCGUCGAACUUGUCAUGACCUUGACGUCUCAUCAAGUCAAUUUUUUCUUUAAAAUAAAAAAGAAAUAAGGAAUAAAAAAACUGUCAAAUUGCGUAAGAUAUCGAAGAAUCAACAUAUUUAUGUUCAAGGUCUUGAGAUUAAUUAUAUCAAUGCAUUAAAAUUGAAAUUACCAAACAAUGUUUAAUUAAAUGUUGAAAGCAUAUCCAUAAGGCUAUAAAAUUUUAAUAUUAUAAAUUUAUUUUAAUAUGUAAAUAUUGUUAUAUAUAAUUUUUUUUGUUACAUCAAAAUUAAAAUAAGAAAAUUGAUUGUUGAUACUUGAUCGUAUAAUUUUUAAAUUAUACCUUAUGAAUCAUGCAAUUUCUUUGUUUAAAUUUCGUUUAAUAAUUAUAUCAAAUAAAUAUUGCGGAAGGUGUACUGAGGAUGUGUGUGUGAUAUAUAUUGUCGACCCUAAUUUUAUAAUCAAGACUUAAUUAAUUUUACCCUCUUCCAACACUUGAGGCUUUAAAUGAUUCAAAUAAAUAUCCUUUUGAUGUAUAAAAAUAUAAAUUUAUCAAAAAUUCAUCAAACACUAUCUAUUACAUUCUAAACAAAUAAACAAAAUAAUUAAAAAUUUUGAAAACAAUUUAAAAAUAAAAAUAACAAA